AUGGACUGUGAGCUUGAUGACAGUGAGACACCAGCAGCAGCCCCUGUCGCCGCCGAGAGUUUACCUGGCAGCGAGCAGCAUACCUCUGACGGCAGCAGGAUCUCAAAUGCACUUGGCUCAUCGACGGCCCAAAAUGCCCAAACUACGUCUGGCAAUGAUGAAGCAGCCGCUACCUCAGCAAGAGCGGCGCCUAUUUCUUACGCCCCUGAAGGGUACCAGCUGGCUUUCGAGGACACGUUCGAGGGAACCGCUUUGAAUGCUGACAACUGGACGAUUGGCUUGCGUGAUCCCGCGACAGGGGACCUGGUUCCAGGAGCAAAGGGCGACCGUCUGCUAAAUCAUGAGUACGAAGGGUACAUCACUGAGGAGGACGUCGUCGUCGCCAACGGCGCCCUCAGCCUAUUCAACCAGAAGCGCCAAUACACGGGGUCCUCUCCCCCCGGCCCGCAUGGCCCAUACAGCUACACUUCGGGAUGGGUCAUGUCAAUGCACAAGGUGCACAGCAACAAAGGCUAUUUCGAGUUCCAGGCGCGCUUCCCUGUGGGUGCUAAAGUCUGGCCGGCGAUCUGGCUGAUCUCGGAGAAGCUGCUGUGGGGGCCGGAAUGGGACAUCUUUGAGUAUCCUAAUGAAGUCUGGAGUAGCAGCUGGCUACCCCGCUUUGAUGCAACGUACGAUGCCAAAGCAUGGCACGUUUAUGGCUUCGAGUGGACCGACUCGCAUGCUAAAUGGUUCAUAGAUGGACGUGAAGUCCACCACCUCGAAAACACACACGGUGCCGACUGGCCGGACGAAGAGAUGUACAUCGUCCUGAACAACGGUGUGCAGACGAACUCGCCGGACAAGGGGACUGUGUUUCCCAAUUCCCUCGAUGUCAAGUUCGUCAGGAUCUUCAAGAUGUUGUCGGCCUGGAUGAAGAUGCUGGGAGGCCCUUUGCGCGUGGACGCACGCCACGUCAUCCUGCCUCCUGGAACCGAGGUAGCUCUGGAAGGCCUGCGUGACUUCCCGGAGCUCAACGGGCAGGUGGGUACCAUUGUGGCCUUCGACCCUCAGACGGCCCGCUACCAUGUGCAGUUUGGAGACGGCGCAGUGAGGGCCAUCCGCCCGCCGCAUGUGGUGGCGCGGCGAUUUGCGUCCCAGGACGAGGAGUUCGGAAAGUGGACCGCGCCGGAGCGUGAGAAGGUCCAACGGCUCCUUCAGCACUGGGCCAAUGCUACUUCGCUGCUGACCAUAGCUUUCUCCGCCUGGGCAGUAUGUUACGCGGGAAUUAGCCAGCAGUGGCCUCACGAGGAUGUGUCCGCGUCACGCAGGAUGGAGUUGCUCUUCCUGAUCGCAGCAGCCGUUUGCUUGGCGGCGUGUGCUUUUGAGCUGAUGGCGGUCCUGGUGGAAUUUAGUGUGCAGAGUCUGCCAUCACAGAUUUCCACGGAUGACAACAAGAUUAUGCUGGUCCUGUGCUGUGUACUUGGGGCGAACUACUGCAUAAUGCCCAAAGCCCGCGAUCUCUGGAUUCGCACUGAUCGAUUUUCUUUCGGUGGCCCUCGGCCAGUAUACACACUCCGGUACGUGGAGCGGAGCAUAUGCUUGACGCUUUUGUAUUCAAUUGCUUCUGGCCGCGCCCAGCAUCCCACCGAAGCACCACAUGGCUCACGCCUCAAGGAGGGGAGGAACCUUGUAACAGCGCAGAUUUGGAACUUCCUGAGCAUUCCGCUGGUGAUCAGCCGAAGUUCGGGUGUUCUUUGGGCCUACUCGGGAAAACGGGCGAGUUUCUUCGUGUUGCGUGGCGCCAAGCUCUGGCGGGAGUUUUUUGCGUAUCGCUUUGACAACUCUGUGGAGACGGCCGUCCUGUUUGCAGCACAGCCGCUGAUUAGCGGCCGCUCGUCCGCGGGGCCAGGACUCUACAUGGUCAUCUCCCUUCUUGCCGUUUGUGGCUGGGUGGCAUGGCAGGACGAACAGCUAAUCUACACAUGUCUUGACAUCGCGGCGAAGCUGAUGCUUUCGGGCUACCUCUCGAGUUCAGGGACAGGUCAAGAGACUCAUCAGAUUCACUUGAGGACCCACACCCUGCUGAAGAAGAUGCAGGAUUCUGCUAGCCGCAUCACGGAGGACAUUCAACGGCUGGUGAGUCAUGCCAGCGUUCCCAUCUUCAGCGUCGGGGAGUAUGGAGACCUGCACCUCUCCCCCACUCUCACCAAGGGCCUCAUCAUGCAGUUCGUUCAAACGCUUUUCCAAGACAUCAGCCUCACCACGAGGUUCCGAAUGCAUCCAGAUUUCCCCAGCUACCUUCGAUUGGAAGUGCUCGAACUGGACUUCGCAAGCCGCGCUGGCACGGGGCAGCAAGACUGUCAGGAGCCUGGCUACUUCGCCAGCGGCAAGAAGGACCAGAGUCAUUGCUCGGUGGUGGUGAGUGCGACGUGCCAGCGGGAUCCACACGGAAAAGUCGUUGGUCCUGUGUAUGGGUCAAGAUGUGACGCAGAUCCGCAAGGCAUUGUGGCUCAGAGAAGGGGCGUUGUCAAGUUUGCUGGAAAACAGGUCGACCCGGCGAGUACAGAAUCCCUCCACCUGAUAAGAAGCAAGGAAUGCCUCUCGCUGCUCCUGGACUGUGCCAAUGCGCCAAUCAUCGAGAUCGAGAGCGAUUACCGGAUAGUUUGGUGGAACACGUGGAUGGCGCAAAGAAUUGGCGUGCCGGCAAUGCAGAUCAAAGGCAAACACCUCGGAUGUUUCGCCACGUCGCCCAGCUGGGAGCACUCCCUUCGGAGGGCAAUGCUCAUGGACCAGGAGGCUGCCACGCUGGAGGUCGAAGCCUUCGAGCUCUGCUUCAUGGACUUGGAGGAGCGUCCGAAAGUCCUCUUGAUGACGCCGACGCUUUGGAAGAACCCAGACUAUGCCUAA